CUGUUUACACUCAAUUGAACAAACUAUUAUAAUUGACCUGACUGAUUUUAAAACGAAUAAUGUAUUAAUUUGUUGUCUACAAGUAAUCAUUUUGUGGUUUCACUGUCAUAACGCUCCUACGAGGGAAGACGUAACUCCAAAUUGGCCCGGGACUAAAAUGAGUUUGACACCCCUGCUUGUACAUCAAGAGUUGGGUGGAUCGCUACUGAAAUAUCGCUAGCCUGUCACACAGAUACUCCGGCCGUCCUGAUACGCCAAUUGAGUCCCAGGAUAAAAUAUUUGACUUUUUGUUUUCAAAACGAAUAUUUUGGAACAAUAAUUCUGAGCUCUCGAUCAGUUGUGUCAAGUCUUCCUUUGUAGCCAAAUGGCUGAUUUAACCACUGGCCUUGCCUGCAUAUUCCAGCAUUUUUAUCAUUUUGGCUGGUCACUGUCAAUUGCAAAAAUGGAAGAGGACAGAAAAGCAAUCAUGUAUUUUUAAAACGACAGGUUUUGUGUUGUAGCUCAGGAGCACUCAAGGAAAUGUGCUACAUUCUUUCAUACGGACCCAAUCAAGAUGGCAGACUUUUUAUAUUUAAUUACUACCGAGGGUAAGAGCAGUGCACUUAAUUAUUAACAUCUUUAUUUUUAGAUCACCGGCCUCUCCUGUGACACCAGCUUUUCUUUCGAUGAUGAAAUCCGCCCGCAACGCCAAACCACCUUUAGAAGUUCACCGUUGAGUUUGUGGCCUAAACACUCAUUAGUUGCUCUUCCAAGCCCUCUUGGCUCCGAGGGUCCUCGAUCAGUCGCCGGCUAAUUGGUUUUGCUUUACCCGAGACGCCGAACCUGGCGAAAAGGCGCCGCUUUGCGCAUGCAGGACACUCGUCUUGUCAAAACCGGAUGAGCAAAUCAUUUCAAUCCCUCUUUUGUUCAGGGGUUGGUUGACUGAUCUGGCACCCACACCUCAGGACUAAGCCGCCUUUGCCGCCAACCCCCAUGCCCCCAGCCGCCAUCCCUCAGGGGCUUUCGGCACACCCUCUUCAAGUAAAAUUGCCGUCUAACAAUGCUGCCCUCGUUGAAGUCUACGUGGGAUAUCGAUGCCCGAGUGUCACACACUCUCACUGUGGCGAGUAUCCCUCCGCUUCGGUUGAGGCGUGAUAGCGGUGACAGGUUGGGCUUUCCCCACCCUCAAUCAUCUUUGGGCGAGUCAUCGCUACGCCGGGUUGACUAUCGGGGCAAGCGAGGUUGAACUCGGAUUCAACCCACAACGUUGAUGUUUUGUCGCAUUAGUCACGAGGUGGUGUCGCGAUGGAGGAAGACCUGUCACCGUUAGAUCACAAUCCCCGGCGUGUGCGACCUGACUAGUUGCCUGUCUUUUGAUUGAUCGACACUUUAAGCCCCACCCAUCGCUGCGAGUGCAGCUGUCAGAUGAUGUAUUUAUGCAGGUGCUUUUUUUUUUCUCUGAGGCAUCACGUCAAGACAGAAAGGGGUGAGCAAUAUCUCGUCCUUGCCAUCUCCGCUCCACUUUGCCGCUGCUUGCUGUCUUUAUCUCUGACUCUCAUCCUUUCUCGUCUACAUCCCCUGCCCCCUCCUCCCCUGGUCUAUCCUACAAGCCACCACCACCACCCCUCCCCACCUCCUGUCUCCAGCGCUCUGGAGCCGGUAGCAGGUACAGCAGGAGCCCAUUAGCGCAGAGCCCCCUGCUCUGAUUGGAUAAGCCGGGAGGAACCGGGAGACUGCCUCUGAAUAAUUGAUGCGCAUUGUGCAGACACCGGACAAGGGAAACAGACAGAUCAGAGAGCAGGAGAGGAGAGUGAGCAAAAAAAAAAAAAAAGUAAGAGGCGGGCGACGAAGAGGAAGUCAUGAAAUAGAGUGAUAAGGUGCAGGAAGUGGCCAACGCUCAGGGAGUUUCAACAGGAGACGCGUUGCGCGGAGACCUGAAUGGGAUGAUAUGUGCACGGGUUGCGUUCAGAUCAGGCCCUGCUGUCGUCGUGGUGCGAGGAGCUGGCUCGACUGCUCCUGGUGCGUCACCAGAAGAACAGGCAAAACGAAUCGCAGGGAAAAGUGCCCAUGCAGCCCAGCAUGAACAGCAUGAAGGCCGGCCUCACGCACAGCGAUGGCUCUUUUCCCUAUGACUCUGUCCCCUGGCAACAAAACACUAACCAGCCCCCUGGGUCAUUGUCUGUGGUUACAACAGUUUGGGGCGUCACCAACACAUCACAGAGCCAGGUUCUGGGGAACCAAAUGGCCAACAGCAAUAAUCCCAUGAAUCCCGGGGGUAACCCCAUGGCGUCGGGAAUGUCGGCCAGCGCAGCAGGGCUCAACUCUCCGCAGUUCAGCGCCCAGCAGCAGCAGUUCCCCAGCAAAGGUGGCUCCAACCAGCAGUACAUGCAGCAGGGGAUGUACAGCAGGCCCGCAUACCCCGGAGGACCUGGAGGAUACAGCAGCAGUUACUCUGGAGGGCCCAACCCGCCCCCCGGAGGGAUGGCCAUGGCCUCCCACACACGUCCAUCCGGCGACUUCACGCAGCCAGCCGCCGCUGCUGCCGCCGCCGCCGUCGCUGCGGCCGCCGCGACGGCGACCGCCACCGCAACAGCCACCGUGGCGGCGCUACAGGAGACGCAGAAUAAAGACAUGAACCAGUAUGGACAGAUGUGUUCAUCCUUCCAAAUGGGUCCCGCUCAGGCCUACAAUAGUCAGUUCAUGAACCAACCAGGUCCCCGAGGACCCCCCGGAGGGAUGAAUCCUGCCAGCAUGGGUUCAGGGAUGAACAACCCAAACAUGAGCGGGCCUCCCAUAGGCAUGACUCAGGCCCGGACCCCUGGAAUGGGACCUUUCGGAGCUCACGGCCAGCGGAUGCCACAGCAGGGCUACCCGGGAGGACCUCGGCAAGGCAUCCCCUUGCAGGGGAUGAAGCGGCCGUAUCCUGGCGAGGCUGGGUACGGAGGUCAGUAUGGACCGAACAGCCAGUUCCCACCGCAGCAGGGGCAGUACCCGACUCCCACCGCUUCGAGGCCCUUGCCUUCGCCCAACUACCCGGGACAGAGGAUGCCCGGGCAGCAGGGGCAAGGACAGUACCCACCUGGCAUGUCCAUGGGCCAGUACUACAAGCAAGAGCCAUUUAACGGGCAGGGCACCAACUUCUCGGGCGGCGGCUACUCAUACGGGCAAGGAAAUGGGCCCCCCAGGCCUGGUAACUACCCCCACUCACCAGUACCUGGAAAUCCCACGCCGCCCAUGACGCCCGGGAGUAGUAUUCCUCCGUACCUGUCACCAAACCAGGACGUGAAGCCCCCGUUUCCACCUGACAUGAAACCAAAUAUGACAGCACUUCCUCCUUCUCUUACCAACGAGGAGCUGCGGCUGACGUUCCCGGUCAGAGACGGCGUGGUGCUCGAGCCGUUCCGCCUGGAGCACAACCUGGCUGUCAGCAACCACGUCUUCCACCUGCGGCCCUCCGUCCACCAGACCCUCAUGUGGAGGUCAGACUUGGAGCUGCAAUUCAAGUGCUACCACCACGAGGACAGGCAGAUGAACACCAACUGGCCGGCCUCGGUCCAGGUCAGCGUCAACGCCACGCCCCUCACCAUCGAGCGGGGCGACAACAAGACCUCUCACAAGCCUUUGCACCUGAAACACGUGUGCCAGCCGGGCAGGAACACCAUCCAGAUCACCGUCACUGCCUGUUGUUGCUCGCAUCUGUUUGUGCUGCAGCUGGUCCACAGGCCAUCUGUGCGCUCUGUCCUCCAGGGGCUCCUAAAGAAGAGGCUCCUUCCCGCGGAACACUGCAUCACCAAAAUCAAGAGGAAUUUCAGCAGUGUGGCGGCCUCGGCGGGCAGCACCACUCUCAACGGGGAGGACGGCGUGGAGCAAACGGCCAUCAAAGUGUCACUCAAGUGUCCCAUCACCUUCCGCCGCAUUCAGCUCCCCGCGCGAGGCCACGACUGCAAACAUGUGCAGUGCUUUGACCUGGAGUCUUACCUGCAGCUAAACUGUGAGAGAGGCACAUGGAGGUGUCCUGUUUGCAAUAAAACGGCAUUACUAGAAGGUCUCGAAGUGGAUCAGUACAUGUGGGGGAUCCUCAAUGCCAUCCAAAAUUCGGAGUUCGAGGAGGUCACGAUUGACCCGACGUGCAGCUGGCGGCCCGUGGCCAUCAAGUCUGAGCUGCACAUCAAAGAGGACCCCGACGGACCGCUGGCCAAGCGCUUCAAGACCAUGAGCCCGAGUCAGAUGACCAUGCCCAACGUGAUGGAAAUGAUCGCCCAGCUUGGGCCUGGAAGCGGGCCAGGAGCCGGCCACGGUCAUGGACCCGGUCCCAGCCCUUAUCCCCCGCACCACCCUGGCCAACAUGCCAGUGGAAAUGGAGGAGAUUACCCGGGAGCAGGCAACCCUUACCACAGCCAAGGGAACUUUGAUUUUCCUCACGGGAACCCAUCUGGAGGUGGGGGAGGUGGAGGAGGAGGUGGUGGAGGAGGAGGAGGGGGCCCACCGAUCAGUGACUUCAUCCACGGCCCUCAACUUUCCCACCCGCCGGAUGGGCCGAGCGGUCUUCUGUCCCAGGACAAGCCCCUCAACCACGGCAUGAAUGACCCGAUGUCCCAUCCCGAACCGUCCCAUAACUCCAUGCAGCCCGGCUUGCAUGCUUCUCCCCACCCCAGCGGCCAAUCGGGGCCCUCCAUGCAUCACGGCGGCAGCGGCCAAUCGGGGCCGCCCUUGCAUCACGGCGGUGGGCCGUCGUCUUCGCAGCCGUCUCGCCCGCCGCCGCAGCCUCAGCCGCCUCAGCCGCCCGGCCAGAAUGCUCACCCGCACGCCGAUCUGACGUUUAACCCCUCGUCAGAUGGCCCGGACAUGCCCGAACCUUCGCUGGAUCUGCUUCCAGAGCUGGCCAACCCGGACGAGCUCCUCUCGUACCUGGAUCCUCCCGACCUUCCGGCCAACAGCAACGACGACCUUCUCUCCCUCUUUGAGAACAACUAACCUCCCGCUGCCCCCGUUCCCCACUUCCUCAUUUGAAGCUCACCUCACGGGGACGCGUUUGACUGUCCGGUCCACAGACACGUCGCCCACCUCCCAUUUUUGACACUUGAGACUGUAUCCCAUGCGCACACGUGCACACUGUCUUUCUAGAAGAUGUGCUGCAUGGGAUGGGGGGGGGGGGGGGGGGGGGACACGGGAAUGCAGCUCAUCCCUGCACAUGUUUUUGUGUAAAAAUUCCACCAACAACAUCCACGGCCACGUUGGCGGGCACAAAGAAAAAAAAGAGAAAAAAGGCAACGUCAUGCAAAUGUAUAUAGUUGAUAUACAUGUCUAAGAUACUUUAUCAAGUGUGCAGCUAUUAUUAUCACUUGUAAACGACAAAAGCCUGGAGACAAGGAAACAAUUUUCUUUCUUUUUUUUUUAUAUCUAAGCAUGAUUUGGCAUUUGUGGGAAAAAAAAAUAUUGUCUGUGCAUCUGUGUUUUUGUCUACUUUUUGCAAACAUGUUCUUCCAAGUACGGCAGCUCAUGCCGCGACCUUUGAACCCACGGCCCUCCCCGUCCCUCCACCCCUCCAGAGUGCACACGGCAAAUGGAGCGCACGACCUCGCUGAAAGGACGAGUUGUCGUGCAGUGUGUGUGUGUGUACGUGUGUUUGUGUGCGUGUGGUCGUCCUGCCUGCAGCAGAUGUAAAGAGGGGAGCAAAUCCACCGCCAUAUCCUUCUUCCACUCCGCAGAAGCUCUAUUUAUUAUGUCUCACUCUUCCACAUCUUUUUUUUUUCUUAUUAUUUUGCAAUUGUGCCAAUGCGUCCUGUUGAUUGUUUAUCCAAUCGAUAUUUAUUGCUCGAGUACAUCUGUUGUUGUUUUUCUACAUCGUCAUCAUUUUCAUGUGCUUUUUUUCUUUAAUUUUUUUUCUCUCUUCUCUGUCUCCAAAGCAAAUCUUUCCUAUUUUUGGUAACUGUAUUUGAACCCAGCAUCUGUUCCCAGCUUCAUGCAGCCUCCUUUGUGUGUGUGCUUGUGUGUGUGUGUGUGCGUGCGCACAACUGUUGUAUAUACGCUUUGUGAAUACUUGGUGACUGUGCAGUGCUGUGCCCAUCUAUUACUGUCAACUUUACAUGGUACUGUGUCUCACACUCUCUCACACACACACGUACACACACACACACACACACACACACAUACUAUACAAAUACUGUGCUCACAAGCCCACUUCCAAACUGUUCCAAAUGCACUCUGGCCUUGUAUUGUGUGUAUUGGUGUACAUUUUUCCUCUUUGCCACCCUUUCAUUUUUUUUGUUUUGUUUUAAAUGUGGUGUGUUGGUAUCGUGUCUAAAAUAAGUGUAAAAGCAGCUUAGAGGUCCAAAUGUCCACCCCCCCCCCCAAAAAAAAUUGAUAUAAUUGGUUACCGUUCAAUAAUUCAAUGUUGUUUCAAAAAAUGCAUACCUUUAUGUAUUUUAACCCUAAUUUUAUGUGGUUUUAAAUGAAUUAUCAUUUUUUUGCUUUUCAAGUUUGAUGCAGUCAAUGAAGUUGAAAAUGUACUCGAUUUUCACCCCAUUUGAGUUCCCCCCGACCCCCAACCCCUUCAUAUGCAACCAAAUAUGUUUUACUUGUCAAAUAUUGUUUUGAGUUUUAAUGUAAGACGAUGCACUGCCGCAUUGGGAUGUUCCCGACACAGUCAGUUUGCAUCUCUGUCCACUUACAGCCAAUGAGAUGAGAAUUCAUGUUAAAAAAAACAACCUAAUAAUAACAAUAAUGAAAAGCAAGAAGCAAGGGUGGAUUGCGAGGCCGUGACUGUGAGGGGAUGCGCGUGUGCGCGCAUGUGUACAUAUUGUAAAUGACAAAUAGAGACCCAUUAACAGAAAUGUAUUCAUUUUUUUCUCCAGAAGGAGUGUGCAUAGUGUAUUUAGAAUUUGUAAAGCUUGCAUCCUCCUGUCAGAUGUCCCAAUUGAAAUCAUUUUUGACGAUCGCAGACCUCGCUAAAGUCGCCUGUUCAUUUGUGUAAAAUACUUUAUGUCAACCCUCCCUUGCAUGGGGGGAGCCCCUGACACAAAAUACAUUUUUUCCCCCUUGUGUAAUUAUUCUGUGUAUUUCUCCAUGGCCUGUGUACUUUAUAAAGGUGCUACAAAAUGAUUCACACCCUUCAUUAGGACUUGGAGACAAAGCUUUAGAGUUUGUAAAGGAGAAAAAAAAGUCAUAAUAAAAUGUCCCGUUUAUAGUUUUUAUGCAAUUUGGCAAACAAUGCUAUAAAGGUACAAUCUGAAGUGA